GACCAACAAUCUGACAGGAUAAUCUGCAGAAAGAACUUGUGAGCAGCCACUGACUCCACUCACAAACAAGCUUCAGUAACACAGAGCAGUCUGUUGUUUAUUUAGCUAAAGUUCAACACUGCGCUGCUUCGAAAACUUUCCAGAUCCAGAUCCUUGAGUCUGUAGUUUUGAGUUAGGAGAGUUAUGGAGCUGCUGACCCGUGUGGUGAGCUCGUUGAGUUCUGCAUUCAUCAAGGCGUUACAAUCUUUCUCUGAUCUGUUUCUCACACCACCUCUGUGUGCAACUCUCUCUUACUUGGGCGAGACAGAUCUUAAAACACUGGACGGAGAUGGUCAUGUGUUUAAGGCCAGAGAGCUGUGGGAGACUUCAGGAGCCGUUAUCAUGGCUGUCAGAAGACCUGGAUGAUUCAUGUGCAGAGAGGAGGCGUCUGAACUCUCCUCUCUGAAGCUCCAGUUCGAUGCCAGUGGAGUUCCUCUAUACGCCGUGGUCAAAGAAAACAUCGGCACAGAGAUACAGGACUUCAGACCAUACUUCAACGGAGAGAUAUUCCUGGAUGAGAACAGAGGUUUCUACGGUCCUCGUGAGCGCCGGAUGGGUUUAUCAGGGUUUGUGCGUGUGGGCAUCUGGAGGAACGGUUGGAGGGCGUUUCAGAACGGUUACUGGGGUAACGUGAGGGGCGAGGGCUUCGUCCUAGGUGCUGUUUAUGUCAUCGGCCCACAUCAACAGGGAAUCUUGCUGGAACACAGAGAGAUGGAGUUUGGAGAUAAAGUCAAGAAGUCUGAUGUGAUUCAGGCUGUUAAACAGAUUAAAACUGAAAGUGUGCCUCUGAAAUUAAAGUAGAGCUCAGUUAUUCCAAAGACUAAAUGCAUCAUCGCUUACUCGUUUCAGCUUGAAUGGAGACGCUUUCGGUAAAUCUAGAAAACAAUAGAGUAGAUAGCAGAAUAAAGAGCAGAUUGCAAAGCGUUCCAUACGCAAAACAUGCUAAAUGUCAUUUCACUGUGAAUGUGUGUGUGUGUGUGUGUGUGUGUGUAGUUGAUGACAGACUGACUCUAAACUCAGAUGAAGGAGCAGUCUUGAUGUUUUCCACUCUACACACACACACAUAACCUGUAUCAUCAACAAUAAAACAAUUAGACAAUCAGAAUA